AUGGACGUGGAUGACUGCAUCUCGGCUCGAGGCGUCAGCUUCCUGCCGGAAGUCCCCAAGUUUUUCGAUGUUCUCAACGACUUGUGGCACCCCGAAAAGAACCCCGAGGGCAUCCUUAACUUGGGACUCGCCGAGAAUGUUGGAAAACGCCGUCUUCCGAGUAUUCGCGCCGACUCUCAUGCCUUGACCUAUGGGGAUGGGUUUACUGGUUCAAAGCUAGCGAAGGAGGCUCUAUGCCAAUUCUUGAACCAGCAGCUCAAACCUUUUACGCCCCUUGCACCGCCACACCUGUCUGUCACGCCAGGGAUGGGCAAUGCCCUCGAAUGCUGUGCAUGGUCUCUAUUCGAGCAUGGAGACCAAGUGCUUGUCGGUCGGCCUUACUGGACUGCCUUCAGUUACAUCUUUGGCAUCCGAGCCGGAGUCGGGGUUCGCGAGGUCUCGUUUGGAACUGUCGACCCGUUCUCCUUGGAAGCCGUUCAAGAGUACGAGAAAGAGUACACGCGAGCGCAGGAGGAUUCAAAAACUGUCAAGGCCAUACUCUUGUGCUCUCCGCAUAAUCCACUGGGUCGCUGCUAUUCUAACCAGGUUCUCAAAGCUUACAUGAGUCUCUGUGGCAAGUUGGGACUGCAUCUCCUUGCCGACGAGAUUUACGGACUGUCUGUAUUCGAGAACCCUGAAAUGGAUGACCCUGUGCCAUUCACGUCGAUACUUUCUAUAAACCCCGAAGGACUAAUGGACCCUCGAAAAGUGCAUACGCAAUGGGGUUUCAGCAAGGACUUUGGCGCUACUGGUUUACGCAUUGGUUGUGUUAUAAGCCAGUCCAACAGACCCUUCUUGAAGUCUCUUGAAAGCUUCUCCCUUGCAGACAAGGUAGCCGUUUCUCUUUUAACCGACCAGGAAUACAUCCAAAAGUACAUUGCAACGUAUCGAUCACGUCUAGCAGAGAGUUACAGGCAUGUCGCUCAAUUCUUAAAAGAGCACGAGAUUCCGUAUCGAACUUCGAACGCUUCUCUAUUCUUGAUGGUACAUCUGUCGGCUAUGGUCCCAAGCCAGUCGGUCACCGACGACGAUAUUUUAGCGCUGCUGAGAAAGGAGAAGGUGUAUGCCAUUUCAGGAACUGCUUAUAGAAGCGAGGAGCCCGGAUGGUUUCGUGUAGUUAUCGCGCAUCCUAAAUACGUGCUGGAUGAAGGGUUAAAGAGAAUGCUUCGAGCAUUAUCACAGUCAUAG